AUGGCUGCUCCUGCUGCUUUCUCCGACAUCGCCAAGGCGGCUAACGAUCUCCUCAACAAGGAUUUCUACCACACCAGCCCUGCCAGCAUUGAGGUUAAGUCCAAUGCCCCCAAUGGCGUCACCUUCACCGUGAAGGGAAAGUCCACCCACGACGGUCCCAUCGGUGGCUCUCUUGAAGCCAAAUACGUUGACAAGCCCAUCGGCCUCACCCUCACCCAGGCCUGGACCACUGCCAACGCUCUCGACACCAAGCUCGAGCUCGACAACAACAUCACCAAGGGCCUCAAGGCUGAGAUCCUCACCCAGUACUUGCCCACCUCUCAGUCCAAGGGUGCCAAGCUCAACCUCUACUUCAAGCAGCCCAACCUUAACGCCCGUGCUUUCUUCGAUCUCUUGAAGGGCCCUACUGCCAACCUCGAUGUUGUCCUUGGCCACGAGGGUUUCCUCGUCGGUGCUGAGGGUGGUUACGAUGUCCAGAAGGCUGCCAUCACCAAGUACUCCGCUGCCGUUGGUUACAGCCUUCCCCAGUACUCUGCUGCCAUUACUGCCAGCAACAACCUCUCCGUCUUCUCUGCCAGCUACUACCACCGCGUGAACGCUCAGGUUGAGGCUGGUGCCAAGGCUACCUGGGACUCCAAGGCCGGCAACAAUGUCGGUUUGGAAGUUGCCAGCAAGUACCGUCUUGACCCCUCUUCCUUCGCUAAGGCUAAGAUCAACGACCGCGGUAUUGCCGCUCUCGCUUACAACGUCCUCCUCCGCCCUGGUGUCACCCUCGGCUUGGGCGCUUCCUUCGACACCCAGAACCUCAACCAGGCUGCCCACAAGGUCGGUGCCAGCUUCACCUUCGAGGGUUAA